AUGGAUAUUUUUCUAAAUGAAAAUAUCACUACUACCAUUGCUCCUCCCAUACAACCAUAUCCAAUCUGGGCUGGUUAUUUAGCUGUUGUCAUUUCUGUUCUCUUUUUCGGAUCAAACUUUGUUCCAGCCGCUAAAUAUCCAAUUGGAGAUGGAGUUUCAUUUCAAUUCUUUUUAUGUUGUGGAAUCUGGUUAACAGGGGUGAUUGUCAAUUUAAUUGUUGGAAAUCCUCCUUUUUAUCCAUUGGUAAUCGCCGGAGGUGUCUUAUGGACAUCAGGUAAUGUUCUAUCAAUGUUUGUUAUUCCAAUAAAUGGUCUUGGUUUAUCAAUGUUAUUAUGGUGUACAUCUAAUCUAUUUAUUGGAUGGGCAAGUGGACAUUUCGGGUGGUUUGGAUUAAAAGCUGAAGAAGUUCAAUAUCCAAUUUAUAAUUAUCUUGGUGUUGCUAUUGCUGUUAUUAGUGGAUUAAUAUUUCUUGGAAUUCGUAGUAAUCAAAAUAAAGAAAAUCUGGAAGAAAAUGAAAGUUUAUCGACAGGAUUGAUUAAUUCAACAAAUGAAAAGAAAAUUUUCACAAAAAGAACUCAAAUGCGUAUUUUGGGUUGUUUCUUAGCCAUUUUAAGUGGAGUUCUAUUUGGUUUAGUCUUUACUCCUUCAACAUAUAUUCAAGAUCAUCAUGAAAAAUAUCCUCAAUCAACUAAAAAUGGUCUUCAUUAUAUCUUUUCAAUGUAUACAGGAAUUUUAUUUUCCUCCUUAAUUUAUUUUAUGAUUUAUAUCAUUUGUAAAAGAAAUCGUCCUUAUAUUUCCAUCGAAAGUAUUUUUCCUGCAUUUCUGUCAGGAAUUAUGUGGGGAAUUGCCCAAUCGGGAUUUAUUUUAGCAAAUAGCGUUUUAAGUCAAGCUAUUUCAUUUCCAUUAAUUUCAAUUGGACCUGGAACAAUUGCAACACUUUGGUCCAUUUUAUAUAUCAAAGAUAUCCGAGGAAAACGAAAUUAUUUCAUAUUUAUUAUUGGAACUUUGAUUCGAAUUGUCGCUGCUGUUUUUAUCAUUUUAUCGAAACCCAAAUGA